CACAUUUGCAAAUAUAGCGAUGAAGUGAAGAAGGAGUUAGCUAACAAGCAGUCUUUCCUCAAAUCUGCAACCACUGUUGUGCGAUAUCUUCAAGCUGCUAGACUUUUGUACAAUCGGCUGGAUUGGCGAAAGAAGCGAAAAUACGAGCAAGAUGCACGUUAUAGGAUAAGAAUGGAACACAUCGCGAAGAUUCGAGAAGAGAAAAAAGAACUGGCGGAUUUGCCACUUUUCGAUAACGGGAAUCGAUUCGAUGACGCGCUCGAAAAAAGGAUUGGUAUGGUAGCUUGCCCCAUGCCUUCCUCUGAAUAUGUGUUCAAAGAUCGGCAAUCGUUGCGUGAUUUUAAGAGAUAUGAGGCUUUGAAGUCCCGGAAAAUCUGCUGCCCUCUAUGUCCCAUAAGCUCUGAAGUAAUAACUAGUGCUGUUCAGUAUCAGGGUCACAUGACAACCCAUCACUCGUGUGCGCAUCUUUUUGCAUGUCAUUUUUGUGGAUUUGUGUUUCCUUCCCUUGAAGCUUUGAAAGCUCACGACGGAUGUGAGGGAUUUGCUACUGCAAUGGUGCAACGGAUAAACCUUUGCGGGGAAGUAGAUUGUCCUAUGGGAUUUGCUAUAGUAGUCAUGACUUGUACUGACUGCGGCUCGCAGCAGCUCGUUCGCUCAUCUUUCCUUGGGGAAGCGUCUAUGUCUCACUGGAACGAGAUCAUAAAUUUCCAUAUGGCGCACAAUGCUGAGAGCCUAGUUCCGUUGAUCAUAUAUUCCAGCGAAGAUUUUAACUGCAAGAUGCGAUUACGAUUACACACUAUUUCAUCACUAAUCAAAGAUGUCCAAAUUACUUGCCCUUAUUGUGGGAAAUCGGAUUUUGACACGCUCGAAAUGCUCGAGUCACAUUUCCUCUCUCACAACGAAGGCGUCAGAGUUUGUCCCGUAUGCUCGAGUAAAUUUGGACAGGAGGCGUUUUACAGGUCAGUUUUCUUUGCGGUUCAAUACGAUUUCUUUCAUGCUAAAUAGCU